AUGGAAAACCGAAGCCGAAACGUGAAAGUGAUCUUGGUUGGUGAGUCGAAUGCUGGUAAGUCAGCGAUUUUACAUCGCUUUCAACACGGCGAGUUCCCGGAGGAAAAGCGAGCGACGAUCGGGAUCGACUUUCACACGAAACCAUUUACUUUGAGUGACGAUAAGCGAAUCACGCUUCAAAUCUGGGACACAGCUGGACAGGAACGUUUCCGGCAACUCAUGCCAACAUACCUCCGCGAUGCCCAAGUCGCGAUUAUCGUUUUUGAUUUGAAUGAUCCCGAUGCGCACUCACAUGUGACGAAAUGGGUGAAUUUUGUCGACAUGACAAGGGGAAACAGCACACAUAUCGUUCUCGUUGGGAACAAAGCAGAUCUCAAGGGAGUACGUCGACCGAGUAACGCGGCUUUAAGGAAAUUGACUACAGAGGUGGGAGCAAUGUUCAUUGAAACCUCGGCGUUAACAGGUGAUAAUGUGGACGAGCUUUUCCGUCAAGUUGCUCACUUGCCUUUUCCUAGCACCGAGAAAUCGAUCUCUGAUUCGACGAUUCGGCUCGAGCGCUCCCACUUGUUCAUGAGAUCGAAAGAGUGCUCGUGC